AGUUUUGUUUCGAAUGUUUUUUUCGCGGUGGCUGCGUUGUGAUCACCGAGCGCUAGCGUACUGUAGCUUAAUGUAAUCAAAUGGCGGAGAGGUUCUCUCGGUUUCACGAGGUUCGAGAUUAUCAGGGUAAAGGAGUUGACGUCUAUGAUGACAACCUCAUCGAGCUUGAGCAGUCUUCUCUUGCCGAGCCAAUUACACAGCACGCUAGUGGUGCCGGGCAUGAGGUAGAGGGCCGCCACUGCUGUCUCUGCUGGUGGCCACUGCCUCGGCGUGCGGGACUACUUGCUGGGGGCGCUUGUCCGUGUUGGUUCUACUUGGCACCUCCCUCCUUUCUCUCCUCCUGCGGGGUUGCACCUCCUAGGACAAUCUUGGCUACCAGCUGCUGCUGCGACAUGGAUGGAAAUCCGGACAGGGCCUGGGCAAGAAUGAGCAAGGGCGCACCGACCCCUUGCCUAUCAUCAUCAAAGAAGACAUCAUGGGAUUUGGACGAAUGGAGAUGGAAAUGGACUAUGCAGAGGAGACAACAGAGAAGAGGAGAACACUGGAGAUUGAGAAGGAGGAGACAGAGGAGCUCAAACUUAAGUAUAAGGCCGUCCAAGAGAAAGAAAAGGUAGUCCAGGAGGCCUUGGCAAGCCUGAAGGCCAACUUCUACUGUGACCUCUGUGACAAACAGUACACAAAGCAUCAGGAGUUUGACAACCACAUCAACUCUUAUGACCAUGCACACAAGCAGAGACUGAAGGAGCUGAAGCAGCGCGAGUUUGGCCGCAACGUGCUGUCAAAAGUAAAACGUGAGGACAAGGGCCGCGAAAAGGAGCAGCGGCGUCUCCAGCACUUGGCAGAACUGAGGGCUCAUGUGGCAGUGAUGCGAGGCCCCAUGGAAAUGGGAACUGGAGAGAAGUUUCGAGGACGCUUCCAGCAGGUGGACUCUGUGGAAGAGACAAAGCCACAAGCGUCAUCACAGUCUCCCACUCUAUAUGACAGCGACGAAUUCCAGCAGGAUGCCAAUGAAUGCCAGAAGGAUGCUGACGAGUGCCAGCAGGAUGCCAGUGAUUGCCAACAGGAGGAUUCUGACGGAUGCCAGCAGGAAGCCGAAGAACGUCGGCAAGACAUUGAAUGUCAGCGGGAUGCUGAUGAAAGCCAGCAGGGCACCAACAACACCAGUUUGAGUGACAGUGACGAAAUCGAUGCAGAAAAGGAGCAGGAUCUUGAUAGCCAACUUCACAGUCCACCAGGAAGUGCACCGGAAGAAGAGGAAGAAAUAACCAUACCACAAACGACAUUCUUUGGUGAUUCUAACAUGUUCGAACUGCCACCACUGCCUAGUGAGAUUCCUCUUCCCAGUGACAUUCCACCUCCCCCACUCCCACCGCCAUCUUUAGGCCUAACCAUCUUAGAUCCUGGCCAAGAGAAAUACUCUCCAGAAGAGCCCACACCUGCUCUUCCAGAGCCUGCACUGCCUGAGCUGCCGCAACCUGUCGUGCCUGAGCUUCCAGAGCCUUCAGCGCCCGAGCUUCCGCAGCCCUUGGCAUCUGAGGAACCUCCGCCUCCCACCCCACCCGUAGAGGCGCCACUGCCAGCAAUAGAAGAGCCGCCCCGCAUCGAGGAGUCCAAGUCCAAGUUGCUCAUUGGCAAAGCAUUGGCUAAGAAGCGACUCAUCGCAUUUUCUUUGGCUUCGAACCAGCCCCUGCAGAAAGCCUUGGAAGUGAAGAGGGCAGCUACAACAGCCACAACAGGUGCAGCAAAGCCAGUCAAGGGUGCCUUGUCGUUCAGCUUUGCCCGGAAGAACAUUGGAAAAGUGGCCCCAAUCUCAAGUGCACUGUUCAAGGAAGACGACGACCAGCCUGAUGAGGAAGGCUCGGAUGCUACUGCUGCAGUUGCAACUAGCACAGAGCCACAGCCGGCUGCUGCCGAGAAUAAAAGCACAGAAGAAGCUGAGAAAAAUGAGAAGCCAGCCAUCGAGCCUGAGCAGCAGGGAGACAGUAACUUUUACUUUGUGGCCCCUCCGAAGAGGUGUAAGGUGAAGCCAAAGUUUGAAUUUGUGAAGUUUCUGAAGAGCGAUAAGUUUGAGCUCAAGCUUCCUGAUGAUGCUGUAGAAGGAGUUCCAGAGAAAAAAGUCAAGACCGAAUCUCAGGAUGGAAGCAAGAAACCAGAUUCGGAAGAAAGUCACGGAGAUGCUAAGAAAAAACAGCAGCCUUCUAAAAGUGGUGACAAGAGUGAAGGGUCUGUAAAAAGCAAGACAGGGUCUCAUGAUGUCUCAUCUCGAAACGGCAGCAAGAAAAAAGAGAGUGCCAAAAUGGAAAAGAAGGAUCGUGGCAGAAGUCCUCGCAGCAGUAAGCACUCCAAGGACAGGAGAAGUCGUUCCCGUGAACGUAAAAGGAGUCGUUCCAAAGACAAGAAACGAAGCCACUCAAGGGAGCGAAAGAGAAGCAGAUCCAGGGAUCGAAGAAGGGGGCGAUCCCGAGAGCGGCGCCGCAGCCGUUCCCCACGAGAUAAAAAGAGGAGCAGGUCCAAGGACGGAAAGCGAAGCCGUUCUAGAGACAAAAAGUCAAGUCAUGCCAAGGACACAAGGAGGAGCAGGUCGAGGGAGCGACGGAGGAGCAAGUCCAAGGAUAGGGUUAAAGACAAAGCCGAUCACAAGAGUGGGAAGGAUAGCAAGCGGCGGUCACCAAGCCGGGAACGAAGAAGUCGCUCAAAGGGCCGUGCCAGGAGCAACGCUGACAGUCAGAAGAGAAAAGAGAAGUCGGCAGAUGACAAGAAAAGCAAAGAAAAGCAUACCACUACUAACGACCAUAAAAAGGAGGACACAGCACGUAUGGAAACGGCAAGUGCAGAGCCGCAGGCUUCAAGUCCGGAUGUACCCCAAGACGAUGGCACUACGCAAGCAGUGAAUGGGGAGGAAUCAACGGGUGAUCAACAGGAUGAAGAAGAAGAGAAGCCGGCUAGAGGGCUAUUACGUUCACCAGAACCUUCUUCCAAGCAAGACAAAAAGCAAACUUCUGAUAUGAGCGCUUUGCAAACUGCAUGCCAUAAGAAACCUGAUGAAAUAGGUGCGUACUCGGAAAAAAAUGAGCCAGUUUUGAACCUGAUGUGCGAGGAUAGCCCACUUGACACUCUUGGAGAAGCAGACAGUUAUGACAGUACAGACAUGUGUCAGCGUUCACCAUGUAAGCUCUCAAAAGGAUUAUCCAAUGAGAAAGUGUCACUUUAUGAUGGCAAGGUCGAAAUUCGUGGUGGCUGCAUUGCUGAGCAACACAUUUCUGUAGCAACCUGCUCUGUCAACGCGGAUGAAAGUGACCGUCGCAGCAAGCACAGCCAGGUCCGAAAGUCUGAUUCCCUUCCAUCAAUCCGCACUGACAAAUCGUUGCCUGAAGAAACACAGAAAACUUGUGCAGACACCACAGCAAUUGUUCAGAAACAACUUAAAAGCCGUACCGAGAAAGUCAAGAAAGCUAGUGACGACUCUGGAAGCUGUGAAGAUUCCAUUAAGGCACAGCAGAAGUUCUUAGAGGAAAUAGAAGCUACAAAGAAGAGCGCCUUUGUGACUGUGCAGAGACAGAACUCGGAAAGCAAGGCAGAAGUUUCAGAAAAUAACAAAAAGACCAACAAAGCUAGCAAGCUGAAGAAGCCAAAGCCUGAAAGCACGGAGCUACCAACAGCAGACCUUGUAGCCCUUCCAAAGGAAAAAGCUGCCAAGGCAGCUAAAGAAAAGCGAAAGACUGCAAAGGAUAAGUUGCAAGAAAAGAAAAAAAAGAAAGCAAAGAGGAAGGCAUCUAGUUCGAGCUCAACGUCAUCGUCAUCCUCAUCAUCUUCAAGUUCACGUAGCAGCAGUUCAGGCACCAGUGGGAGCUCAAGCAGUUCCGGCAGUGGCUCAGACUCCGAGAGUUCAAGCAGCUCGUCUUCUUCCAGCUCUAGUUCAAGUAGCUCGAGCAGCUCAUCAUCUUCAUCCUCUUCUUCUUCUUCGGAGUGUCCUCAGAAACUGAAGAAAAAGAGGAAGAAACUGAAGCUGAAGUCGAAGAUGCUUAAGGAAAAGAUGGCAAAGAUGGCUAGAACAGCAAAGAAGGCGCAGACUGCCAAGGCUGUGCUAGCAUGUGCCACCAUGCUCACACAAGCUACUGGCGCUGAUGGCAUACUGCCCAUGGACAAGCAAACAAACCAGACCACAGAGCAUUUGGGCAGUGCAUUACAUGUUGAGAGUGUGUCACAGGUUGCAUGCACAGCUGAUGACUCAAAACCACUACAGAAGCUUGUGCAGGAGGUUACCGCUUCAAGGGGUUCCACUGAGCAAGUUUCCAUAAAGGAGACGUCAAAGCCUGACAGAGAUUCAACUCUGCGAGCGAGUGUUUAUCUUGAGCCAGUUGAACCCAAAGAUAGUGCACAAACAAGUAAAAAAGCUGCAGAUAAGGUGCACAGUGCUAAAGCUUCAGAAGAACUGUCCUCAAAGAAUGUCAUUGGUGUGCCACGUGAUCCCAAAAUUCCACAUUCGAAAAUUGAUACAACUUUGGAUGUGGAUAAGGCAUGUGUUGACAUUGUGGAUCCUCAUUUAAAAAUUGUGAAGGCUACUUGCAAUGUCGAUAAGGCACAUGUGGUUGAUGCUGUACAUGCUCAUUUAAAAAUUGAGAAGACAGCUUUCGAAGCAGAUGAGACAUGUGCCGGCGUUGCUGAUGCUCUUGUCAAGACUGCAGAGCGCUCUAACAGUGCAUGUAAAAAUAAAGUAGAUGAUAAUGAAGCUAAGAAGCUUGAUCUUGCUGCUACUAAAGUAAUUACAGCUAACCCAGUGGUUAAGGGAACAUCUGAAUCUUCACCACCAAAGUGUAAAAUAACUACAGCUGAUCCAGUAGUCAAGGGAACUUCAGAACCUUCAACAAAAAAAACUGUUGAGCUGCCUUCAAGUGUGAGCUCCUGCGAUGCUGUUGCGGAGCAUCAUGUCGACACUGGGCUCCAGGAAAGCGCCAAGCACAGUGAUGCAAAAAAGGACAAGAAGGACCAUCCACCAAGCAGUCGCCGGUCUACUACUGAUGAUAAAACAACUGACAAACUUGACAGCAGGAGAAGUAAGGAGAAAAAAAGGAAGAGUGAGCCCUCUAUAAGUAAUGAGCCCGCAAGUAAGAAGAGAGCUUCUGAGCAGGACUCGCCAAGAUCAAAAAAGUCUGCUAGCAGAGGAACCAGCCACCGAUCGCCUAAGUCUGAUUCUGCUACAACAGAGCAUAAGCAGCCUUCUUCAAAGCAGAAUACCAAAAGUGAAAUGCCAAAAAAGGAAGGCAGAGAAGCAGUAAGAAAAGCUAAAGAAGAAAUCAUUUUGGACCCAAAAGAGAGAGAAAGACUUAAAAGUGAAGCUUUAGAAAAAGCACGAAAAGAAGGCAGCGACUGCAUCAAAGUGAAAACACCUGAUCGAAAAAAAGAAGUCAGUUGGCCUAUGACUCUUAUUAGAUAUACUAACAGCAAGCCGUUUAUUUCAUAUGGCUGCAACCCUAUUUAUGGCAAAAUCAGCUUAGCAGUUGUAAAGGAGAAAAGGCCUUCUGCAAAGAGUAAUUCAGAGGUAAAAGAAGAAAAGAAAGAAAUUCGGGAAGUGUCAAAAGAAGUUGCAAAAAAGGGCUGUCGUAGCAGAGAGCACAAAUCUAAAAAGGAAGUAGCACUGGAUGCUUCUGUUGAAAAUAAAGUGAUGUCACCUCCUGAGGAAGCAGCAGCAGUAAAGGAACCGGAUGUCACUGACGCCGUGUCUCCUGACCUCGUGUCUCCUGACCUAAAUGCAAUGUCGGGGCUUCAGGCUUUGCAGUGCCUGUACGAUAACAUGGAUAGUCCAGAGACGGUAGCGAAGGAGCUGGACUCUGAAACCGAAGUAAGCCAUCGCAAGGCUGAUCAGGAGGCUGUGCCAGAAGAGACACCAUUAAGCGAUCGGAGUGUAACUGAGUUGAACACAACUGCACAAGACUGCAGUGUCAUUGAAAGCACACUUCCCAGCCCAGAAGCUCUUGAUGCGACAGAGCCCUCAAAAAGUACUCCGCCGAGAACUCCAGAGCAAGAACUGUCUGAAGUGAACGUGGAGGUCUCUCCAAAAUCACAACCCGCAAUACCAGAAAAGGCAGAAUUAUUACUGGACAAAACAGAAUUGGCAGCUGAACCUGAAGUGUCAGUAGAAAUCGCAGACCAAGAAAGUACUCAGGAACAUCAGCUGGAUGUAGCUUCACACACCAGCGUUGAGCAUGCUCAGGAAGAAGUUGGGCUCCCAGAGAAUGAGUACAAAGAGGACAUGCCCUCACCUAAUGCUAUGGAUGUAGCUGACGAUGUGGUCGACCUUCUUCCAAACAGCGAUAUGUCUUUGGAAGAAAUGCGCUUAUUGGAGUACAGUUCACGCAUCAAAGUGGAAAGCUCAACAAUCAUUGAAAGUGCUCCCACUGAAACAGUGGAAAGCAUAGCUGAGGAUAGUGAACUUCAGGUUGAAAUAGCUAUGAAAGCGGAACAACCAAUUGAAGAGGUAGCUGUUGCUGUUAGCCCUAGCACGCCUACUCCACCGAAGGAAAUUGUGUGUCCAGAGAUCAGUCAGGUGGCACCACUUGGGGCUGACAAGGACCUGACUUCCGAAUACGAAAAGUUUAUGGAACAGCUUAACCUCGGGAGCUGCAUCGAAGUAGAGGUAGCACAGGAAGUUGAAGUGCCCAGUGAAGAUGGUGUAGAAGCUGAGCAAGCUCUAGAUGUCAUCAGUACAGCACCAGCUGAAGACAAGAAUGAACUGGAUCCUGUGUCAACCUACCCAAUACAGACUCCACUGGUAGCUUCAGUGCCAGACGAUGUGUCUGAGAUGCCUGUUGAAGACAUUGGUGCCCUUGAGGUGGCCUGUGAGAGUGAAGUCACCAGCUCUCCAUUUUUGCCGUCUGUACCACCGCUUCCAGCGCCUGUACCUGCGCCUACUCCAGCCAUUGCAUCUUCCCUUGGUGCGAUCACUUCUUACCUUUCCCCCGUUGGUUCUGCUGUUCCAGACAGCCUAGCAUCUUGUGUUCUUGCUCCCGUUGGGUCCAUGGUUUCUGCUGGAAUUCCUAUUGCUUCACCAUUGCCAGCUCCUGCCUCAUGUUCUGUACCUGUGGCAUCAGUUGUUGUUGAAGCUCCAACUCCUGUCCCUGCUCCAGCAGUUUCUGCUGCCAUGCCAGCCCCUGUGCCUGCACCAUCUCAUCUUCAGUCCUCUGUGCCACUCACUAGUUGCAGUCCACAGCUUGUGCCAUCUGUCCCUGCAGCUGCAAGUGCACCUGUGCCUGUUUCAGGUUCAUCCGCCUCCUCAGAGCCUUCUAAGAGCAUUGCACGUACAGUUUGUUCCAGUGAUGUUCCUCUUUCACCAAGUCGACCUUCUUCAUCCAAGAGGUCGCACAGGAAAAGACACAGUGACAGUGCCAGAACAAGUACUAGUGCUGAGGACAUUUCACCAUCUCCUCCUAAAAAGAAAGAUUUAAUACAUGGCUCACAUAAGUCUGCGUUUCAUAAGCCAGACCUCUCUGCCCAUCCAGAAGUUUCCAGUAGUAAAAGUGCGUCACGGCCCAUCAUUAUCAAAGUUCAUGCAAAUUCUGAACCAAGAAUGCAGUCAGCCGCUCCUCAGAUCUCACAGGCAGAGAGUGUAGACGGCUUAGAAUGUCUGCCUGCUGAACAGUCAGCACCAGAUGUUUGUGCUGAGGUAGAAGUUGGAAGUGACGUCUGCACGGAGGAGCAAGUGGAGUUUUCAUCCUCAGAUGACAUGUUUGUAACAGUUGUGGACACUGAAGACAUAUGUCUCGCUGCUGUCGAGGAAGUGGCAUGUUCAUCAUCGGAUGACCUCAACAGCAGCUUGGCAGUGCCUGCAGAACAAGUCGAAGAGAAGGAAAGCUCCCCACCACCACCUCCUCCGCCACCUCGAUACUUGAGACUGAAGCCACGCAAAGGGUCCUCAUCAGCGGUGUCUGUGAGUUCAUCCAGCUCUGUAGAAGAAGUCCCACCGCCGCCACCUCCACGGCCACCUGUCCGUUGCUUGGUGCUCCCUCCCCCACCUGCAGGUAUUCUCUUGCCAGCCGGCAGGGGCACCCUCUCAAAUGAGCCGAAGAAGUCUGUAACUUUUGCUGAUGGCAUCCCACCAGGCAAAGAACCACCAUCGAGUGGUGGCGUCCCUUCACCACCACCACCUCCACCACCACCGCCCCGCGAACGCAAGCACCGCACCAAGGUCAAAGUUAUCAUACCGUCAUCUGUAGCAGACUCUCUGCCACCGCCCCCUCCUCCUCCAAAACGGCCACCGCCACCAGCGGCUGCAACGUUACCCGUGUCGGCUGCGGCUUCCGCAGUGGCUGCUGCUGUGGCUUCGGUAGCAGCCCCUGCUCCCCCUGUUGCCGUGGAAACUGUGGCUGCUGCCUACCCGCAGUACCAGGUGCACUUGCCCCAACAGGCCUACCCAGCUGCUGGAUACACUGUCCCCUACAGCACCUAUCCUGCAGCAGGCUAUGCAUACACAGCCACAACACAUUUAGGGCAGACAGUAGCUUACACCUACACACCUGGGCAGGCAACUCACCAAGCCAUGCCUGUGCAGCAGGUGCAGCAGGUGCAGCAGGUGCCCCCUCAGCAACACCUCUAUGCCAAUGCCACUGCUGCUCCUUAUGUGUACCACCCGCACCAGAUUGUACAGGCAGGUCCAGCUGUGAUGCAGCCGCAACAGCAGCUGCAGCAACACCUUCCACCGCCACCGCCACCACCUGUGGGACAGCUACCUCCUAGGCCACCCACAUAGCACUUCCGGACAUUGUGCACAGCAGUGAUUACUUUGUAAGAUCUUUUGUGUUGUGGUUUCAUGUGGCGCAAGAGAGGACCUUUAGAGGAGCUCAGGCUCCAUCGCGGGCUCAAGUCAUGGGUGCUUGCCAUUUUCCCGAUCACGUGUAGCUCCGUGGACAAUUACUGAGUCAAGAGCUCAAAGCAUGAUUGUUACAUCGUCUUCACAGUGAUUGUUUUGCCCGAGGCCAGGUGUGUCAGCUUUGAGUUAGAACAAGGUGCAUGUCACUUAGCUUCUGUUUACAGUGUACACCAUGAACAUAAUGCAUUAAACAUCGUUAUAAAUUGUGUAAAUAUGCUUUUUUGUUAUUCGUAGAAUAAACGAAAUAUUCUUGUGGAAAAUUUCA